AUUCCUUUCCGUCGCCAAGUUGUGAAGUGUCCGAGUUGAGGACCGUUUUGGCCAUGGUGACGCAGGAGCCCCCGCGGUGCUGCGGCUAUUUCAGUGUCCGCUCGGUGGUGCUGGGAGUGGCCAUUUACUAUGUGUUCGUCAGCCUGAAGUCGCUGGUGCUGCAGACCGUGGCCGUGGUGAAAUGCGGCGGAGUGUGUCCGGGCCCCUGGGGCUCCCCGGGGCCCAUCGCCGUCAUGUACUCCCUGGGCCUGGUGCUGCUCUUCCUCAGCCUGUCCCUGCUGUUCGGGGUGCUCCGCCGCCGGCCCGGCCUCCUCCUGCCAUUCCUGGCCUUCCAGAUCAUCGAGCUGCUCUGCUCCCUCAUGCUGAUCUGCGGCCUGUUCGUGCGCUUCCCGUCCGAGCUGCGCAUGGUCAACUACCUGGCCGGCAUGGAGGAGCAGGACAAGAACAUGGAGGCCGGGGCCUCGGUGCUCUUCGUGGUGCUGGCCCUGCUCUUCGUGCUGCUCAAGGUCUACCUGAUCCGCUGCGUGCUCACCUACUACCGCUUCCUGCUCACCCGGGCCCUGCUGCCGCAGAACGACCAGGGAGACCUGGCCCUCAUCGUGGUCCCCGGCCCCGAGAAGAACCCGCUCCUCCUGCCUUCCUAUGAAGAGGCCAUCAGCAUGCCGGCCAAGGACAGCCCUCCCCCUCCAUACAGCCAGCUGGCUAGUGCAGAGCCCGGCAAGGAGUCCGCAUGAAGGAGCACCGCCUGGGUGACAAGCCGUGCACAGUGUCACAUGUACCCCCAUAUAGCAUGUUAUGGGCACAGCCCUGGGAUACUAGGACUCCAUGGGGGGCUGGAGCCACACCACUGACUAUAAAUGCCAUCCUUAACUUGGUUUGGGACAUGGCAUUCCAUCCUGGAACCUUACUUGGGGUUUUGUCUUCUUCUCUGUCAACUUCUUCUUACGUGUUCUAUUUCCCAUUAAAUUCCAUGUUCCUGACAGAAUACUAUCUUUAUGGGGUGUAGCACUGACUUUGUGGUUUAGUGGCACAUUUUACCCAAGUAGACAAAGUGAGUCUAAUCCGUUGUACACCUUUUUGCAUAGCUAUAUAUCCUGGAUCAGCAUCUGUGCUUUGGUGGAUAAAAAAUGUGAAGCGUAGAAAUGACUGACGCUUGUUAAUGAACCUGGAAGAUGGUUGUUUUCAUUCUCUUCCCAUAACUGUUAGUCAUAAGAAGUAAUGGGUAGUCAUAAGAAGUAAUGGGUGCAAUCACGUGAAUGCCACAGUUGCUCAACCGACUAACUGUAGCGAAUUAAGACUUGGUAUAGUAGUGUGAGCCUAAAAUCUAUUUUGUUGUGAUACUUAGAAUAUAUAGACAGACCAUAAGAAAUACUUGUAUAGACUAUUGUUCAAUAGUGCCAAUACAUACGUUUGUAUCCCAUCCCGAUAUGAACUGCCGGUAGUUGUGCUCCAAAAAAGAAUGCUGUGCUACUUACCGGUAUGUAGCCUUAUUAGAAAUAAUUUGGGGAAUGAUUUAUCUUACGAUCAUCCAGUUGUGUCCUAUGAUUUAUCAGCAUUUGUAUGACUGUGCUAUGUUAAGUCUGUGUAGCAGCAGUCCAAGUGUGCUGUAUUUUAUAAACUAUAUUUACAUGCUUUUUGCUAGUAAUGCCCACAUGCUGCUUGCAAAGUUUCUUAAUCUCUGCUUGAAGUUGGACAAUACUAGAACUGGUAUUUUAAAUGGUUCAGUGUUUUCCAGCAUGACAUCUGUUCUAAAGAUCAUUUUGGAUUAAAACCUUCAAUUGACAUGUUUUACAUUGGAUAAUGAGCUUUUACUGUAAGGACAUAGUCUACACGUUUUUAAUACUGCUGAAUUGUCUAGCUUAAAUUUGACAUUUCUAGCUCUUCAAUAACUUGGUCGACAUUACUCCUUAAAAUCAGUGUUAAUGACAUAUAAACUAUAAUUUUCCAUUACUCUUCUUGGUAUGUAAACUGCUUUACACCAAAGAAAUUCUUUCCUAUAACUAUAGUACUGAAUUUAAGCUUUCUAUUCAUUUAGAUAUAUCUUGUUUGACUCAUCAAGAAAGGGAAUCAAUGUACUAAAUAAACACUGCUUCUUCUAGAGCUCUGUAUUGAUUUUAGUUAUGACUAUUUGUAUGUCUAAUGUAGUCCUGCUUAGAACAUUUAUUUACCUUUUCAAUGUGUUAAUGGUGAUUUUUCCUACUUACCGGUGGAUUCUGAAGCUGUGUAGCACUAAUAAUCCAAUGUAAGGUGGCAGAUACAAAUGGCUUUCCUUUAUGUAGUUAAAUGGGGCCGAUCAUUUUGCCCAAUGUUAUUUUAAAAAACAUUCCAAGCAUUAAAUUUACUAGAUUGUGUUGUAGUGGUUAUGGUGCCACCCCACUGUAAAUGGCAAAACCAUUUAAAAACUUUUUAAAAUUAUUUAUUGGAAUUUUAUUUCUUACAUGGGAACUACCAUGCUCAAUUACCCUACCUCAGCCUGAAGCUAAUCACACUCAGCCAGGUCACUCUAGUUUUAACCAUGCAGCUGAAAACAUAGCCGUUUCAGAGAAACGGCUAUGUUUUACUGACGGUUAAUCCACAUCUAGUGGCUGUCUCACUGACCGCUGCUAGAGGCACUUCCGUGAUUCUCUGAAAAUCAGUGAGAAGAUGCUGGGCGUCCAUAGGAAGGCAUUGAGGAAUGCUUUCCUAUGGGCGGUUUGAAUGCGGGUGCAGCUCUUAACGCACAUUUGGAUCUGACAUCGACAGGAGGAGGAGAGGUCACUAGCGCAGAGGGAGCCCGGCGCAGAAGGAUGGGAAGUGGCUGGUGGGGUGGGACCUAUAAUGACCCUAUUGUGCCAGGAAAACAAGUGUUUUCCUGGCACUAUGGUGGUCAUUUAAAUGAGCCGAAGUGAUCUGGGUGCCUAUUGUGUUCCUUUAAAGGGACGCUAGAAGAAUCCAGACCACGUUAUCUCCAAGAAGUCUUGUGGCCAGGUCCUUGUAGUUUUAGCCUUGCAACUGAAAACAUUGUUCUGCAGCAAUGUUAGAGGGACCCUGUAGUGUAACUGUAGUCACCAUAACCAUUUCAUCUCUUUGAAUUAGUUAUGGUGCCUGGAGUUCCCAGACACUGGCUUUCCAUUCAGUAUUAAAGGACCACUAUAGUGCCAGGAAAACAUACUCCUUUUCCUGGCACUAUAGUACCCUCAGGCUCCCCCUCCCGCUGGGUUCUGGGGAGAGGAAGGGGUUAAAAUCUUACCUACCUUCCAGCGCCAAGACGGGGAGCUUUCCUCGUCCUCUCCUUCUUCCUAGCGACGUCAUCGGCUGAAUGCGCAUGUGCAUUUCCUAUGGACGCUGAUUUUCACAGUGAGAAGC